AUGCGUGAAGCUUCCAGUUUUGUUAAUGUGUGGGUUCCAUCCUUCCACAAGCAUGAUAUAAAGUCUAGGAAUAUGGAAUCAUACUUCAGCUUAAAGAAAGAUACUUACAAAAAUAAAGUGAAACCUGAUUUUGUGAAGGUUCGUAGAAGGCUGAAGUGUAAGUAUGAUGAGUUCAAGGUCGUAAUCAAUGGUUUUCUCGAGUCUAUCCGUCACAAGUCAGAUGCUUUUCAUGCAAGAGAGGAAAUCAAGGCCAUGAAAGUUCAGAAACAAAACAGUGGAGAUGAACCUAUUGAGCCUAUAAAAAUUCCAAAAACAUGGAUGGCUGAUGGACCUCAUUGGCCUGGGACUUGGUUGAACACUUCAUCUAAGCACUCAAAGGGUGAACUUGCUGGCAUCAUUCAGGCAAUGUAUAAUGAUUUUUCAGCAGCGAACAUACAGAUUGAUAUAGAUUUCAAUGCAAAGCUUUCAGGAUAUGGUUUUGUUGGACAUAUUGCUGAGGAAGCGUUUUCAAGAAGUUCAGCUGUGGCAGGAAAUCUUUCUGUGGAGACAUGGAGAAAGCAGCCUUAG